GGUUAUUACUGUCAUUCCAGGUUGAAAAUAUAAUAUAUGAUCACCAUAAAAAAAAUUAAAGAAAUGAAGAUAGAUUGAUUGAGACAUCUUAGGUGGAGCGCAGGGAUAUUUGUCAGUGAGACACAAUUCCUUCUCUUCUAGACUUUUACUCCUUCCUUCACAUUCCAAAAUACAAUAAAAUACAAUACAAAUUCAUCACCACACUCCCGAAAUAUAACCUUCUCUUUUUCAAAAUGCAAGACUCACCUUCCACCGCCCCCGCUGGUGGCAGGUUUUUCGGCGGAGGAGUCGGAGACAGGAGGCUCAGGCCUCACAACCAGCACCAGGAACCGUUGAAGUGCCCUCGGUGUGAUUCGCUCAACACUAAGUUCUGCUAUUACAACAACUACAACCUCUCUCAGCCGCGCCACUUCUGCAAGAACUGUCGCCGCUACUGGACCAACGGCGGCGUCCUCCGUAACGUCCCCGUCGGCGGAGGUUGUCGGAAAUCCAAAUCCAAGCGCUCCAACGCGAAGUCCAAGAAAAGCAACAACAACAACUGCUCCUCCUCUUUGGAAGCCGCUCCGGAAACAACAACACCGCAACCGCAAUUGCCGGAGGGAAAUUUGAACUCGAACUCGAACUCGAACUCUGGCAGCGAAAGCUCCAGCCUCACCGCCAUCGCCACUAGCUCCGCCGCCACGGAGGCGGUGUCUGCAGCGACGUCAAACGCUGCGUUGAGCAAGAAUCCGGUCCCCGACGAGAACGUGAAUAGCUCUAACUUCACUGGUGGCGGUGGUUAUUACGGUGGCUUCUCUGACAUAGGAACAUUCACGAGCCUUAUGAGUUCAGCAAACGAAACGAUGUCGUUUGGUUUUGAAAACAAUGUUAACGUUCUCGAUGCGACGUUGUUUCGUUUCGGUAAUGAUGAUGGCGAGUGGCUGCAGCAGAAAGUUAUCGGAAAUGGAAGCGACGAUCAGCGUAAUAAUAAUAAUAAUAAUCAGGAGUUUGCAUCGGAGCCGUUGAUGCUGGAUCAGACGGGUCCUGUUGAGUUGUCGUCGCUGCAGAAUGGGAAAGUUGGCAACGGAGGAUGUGGACCGUUGGAUUGGCAUGCAGCUGGUGGUGAUGGUUCGGAUCAUGAUCAUGAUUUGUUUGAUCUUACUAGCGCCGUUGAUCAGAGUUACUGGACCCACACUCACUGGUCUGAUCAAGAUAACAAUCCAAAUCUCUUUCAUCUUCCUUGAAAUCCCUGAAGGAAUAAGGAAUUCCUCUUUUACCUUUUUUUUGUGGGAAGU